AUGCCUACGAUUGAUGUCGCCAUGGCGAGGAGCCUUCGGGGAGGAGUUUGGGGCUCAGUGGCGUCGAGCAUCGCCGCGAAUAUCGAGACCCGCGGGAUCACAGACACGGUCAACAAUGCUGGAAACCAGAUCAACGAUGUGAAGACGGCCCUGUCGAGCUGGGACAACUGCAUGGCUGUCACUUACUGCAAGUGGCCCGUUAUCGGAGUCAUGAUUUUCGGCGGGUUGAUCAUCUUCUCCAUCGUAUGGUGUAUCAUCCGGUGCGCCUGCUGCGGCUUAUCGUGCUGUUGUCAAUGCUGCUACUGCCUGAAGUGCUGCGGUAACUGCUGCGGCUGCUGCGAUACCCCGAAAGGGACGCCUCAUAAGCACCUCGACGACGACCCAUAUGGACCGCCGACGAAUCAGGGAUACAAGUCUCAGGCCCCCAUGGCUCCCUUUUACAACACCGCGCCUACGCAUGUGGCACAUUCGACUGCGCCGGCCCCUACAGCUAGUGGAGCUGCAGCUCCGCCACAGUAUGCCGAAUUCGAAGUCAGCAAGUCGGGCGCCAACCCGGCGGACGCAGAUGCGCUGCCGGCGAUGCCCAGCUGGGAGGGUGCGGGCUCCAAGAAGGUCGCACUUACGGAAGAGGUGGAACUUGAGCAGAUGAAGCCUGCGACAUCACCCAACUCCAACGCCCAAAACAUGCCUCUUAUGGCACCUAACGCCAUGUCGCACCCAAACAGCCCAAUGCCAGGAGACAGGAGUCCUUAUGGUCAAAAUGCUCAGGCAGGUUCCAGCGGCUACUUCGCCAACGCCAACCAACCUGCGAACCCUUACACGACGGGUGUUCAGGGCCCCGGCGGCUACAAUGACGGUGCAUACGGACAGUCAACUUCGCCUUUCGGAGUGGACCAAGCUUACGGCACCGGGGCUAUGGCUGCCGGAGGCAUGGCGAUGGCUCAGGGUAGGCGGACUCCGCACCGGGAACUCAACAACAACAACGGAUACGGCCCGCAGAGGGGUCAAACCUACCCUCCACCUCAGCAAGAGUUUGACCAAGGGUACGGGGACUAUGAACAGGGAGGAUACGGCAUGGGGCGCCCUCCGCGUGCCGGCCCCAGUCCGGCUCCCGUCCCCCGAAGUUUCACGGCACCACCUCGUAAUGGACCUAGCCCCGCGCCGCCUGGUUUCCGUCGCUCGCCUGGUCCCCAGAACGACUACCGCGGGCCUUCGGCUCCUCCUGCUGACUACCGACGCUCGCCUGCGCCCCAAAACGACUACGGCUAUGACCAGCAAGAUCAGUACCUCAACGAUAACUACGGCCGCCCGCAAUACGGAGGAGGCGCGCGUCAAUACUCUUCCGAAUCAACCCGCCCUCUCGCGCCCCAGCCUAGCUACAUCGCUGAACUCCCGUCUCCGGAUCUCCGGAACAACGGCGGCUUCGACUUCAGUGGUAACAGCCGUCCGCAACAGUACAACUACAACCGCAGCCCAAGUGGUGGCGUCCAACAGCACAUUGAAGAAGAGGAGGAACAGCGACCCCCACAAAGCAGUGGCGGCACCUACCCAGGAUACAAGGCGUACCAGCCGACCAAGGACGGUUGGAGCGGCGUAUGA